GGAGAGCGAGUGUUAGGGAAGCUCAGAGGAGAGAGGGACAGGUCACCUGUGUUGAAUGCCAUCGAGAUGUCUAGUAUCUGUUGUGCUUGGCACCUAGAGGUCAUUGGUCAACUUGGCCAGAGCAUGUUGGGAGCAGAAAAUAGAUUGUAGUAGCCUAUGGAGUGAUCAGAAGGAAAGGAAUCAGAAUAGGCGAGAUGACUGUUCUCAGUAAUAAAUCUAAGCAGAUCCCUAAAAUGUGUGAAAAUUAAACACACUGGCUCAGUAGUGAAUUACUGAAUAGAACUUAUUUUUACACAUCAGCUUUUCAAGUGAGCAAUAACAUUGUUGACAUUAGCCACUGAAUCAGGUUUUAACAAUGAUUUUUACAAAGUUUUCCCAAAUCACUUAAACCCCAUCUGGACUGUCCAGUUUUACUGUUUUACUGUACUGCAUUUGCUUUCCACCCAGUACUUUAAAGGAAGGAAUAUACAGAUACCAUAUGUUUGCUUAGUCAACAAAUACUGCACGCCUACUCUGUGCCCAACUGUUAAAGAUGCUGGGAACAGGUCAGUGAACAAGAUAGAGAGGUCUUUGCCCUUAUGGAGAGUUUGUUCACAUUCCUUUUACCUAAAUAUUCUCAAUUUAAUAGGGUACCGUUCCAUCAAAGGUCAGAAAACAAGUGAAAAACUUUGCAUGCUCAUUUGAAUUUGUUAUAUAUGCAAGAAAACAUGCCUUUUCUUAUUCAUGUGUGUCUUGAGUAUGUGUCUGCUCUGUCUUACAUAGAGAACACUUUAAGAAACAAAUCUUAUUUAGAAAAUAGUUGUCGGUGAAUUAAAGAAUUGAAUUGAAAUUGUCUUGUUGGACUUCCCUGGUGGCGCAGUGGUUAAGAAUCCACCUGCCAAUGCAGGGGACACGGGUUCAAGCCUUGGUCCGGGAAGAUCCCACAUGCUGUGGAGCAACUAAGCCCGUGUGCCACAACUACUGAGCCUGCGCUCUGGGGCCCGCGAGCCACAACUACUGAGCCUGCGCUCUGGAGCCCGCGAGCCACAACUACUGAGCCCCCGUGCCACAACUACUGAGCCUGUGCUCUAGAGCCGGCAUGCCACAACUACUGAAGCCCGCGCGCCUAGAGCCUGUGCUCCACAACAAGAUAAGCCACUGCAAUGAGAAGCCCGUGCACUGCAAUGAAGAGUAGCCCCCGCGCGCAGCAACAAAGACCCAAUGCAGCCAUAAAUAAAUAAAGGAAUAAAGAAAGAAAGAAAGAAAGGAAACAAAAGGAAAAGGAAAGAAAGGAAGGAAGGGAGGAAGGAAGGAAGGAAGAAGUUGUCUUGCUGAAAUUGUUCAGCUUCUUUUCUGAUGUGGACAGAAGACUGCAGAAAAUCAACCUAUCCUCCCUCUGGACCAACCUAUAGGGGUCCGGUUCCGUGGUACACUAUAAAUCUCGAUUUACCACCGUACAAAAGAUGGCAUGAAUUGAUGGUUGACAAGGCACCAGCGCUAAAAGUUAUAGUGAAUUCCCUGAAAAAUAUGAUAAAUGCAUUUGAGCCAAGUGGAAAAAUUGUGCAGUUAGUGGAUCAAAAGUUGCCUGGCCUACUUGGCAACUUUCCUGGGCCUUUCGAGGAGGAAAUGAAGGGGAUUGCAGCAGUUACUGAAAUACCUUUAGGAGAGAUUAUUUCAUUCAAUAUUUUCUAUGAAUUUUUUACCAUUUGUACUUCAAUAGUAACAGAAGACAAAGAAGGUCAUCUAUUACAUGCGCGAAACAUGGAUUUUGGAGUAUUUCUUGGGUGGAAUGUAAAUAAUAAUACCUGGGUCGUAACUGAGGAACUAAAACCUUUAACAGUGAAUUUGGACUUCCAAAGAAACAGUAAAACAGUCUUCAAGGCGGCAGGCUUUGCUGGCUAUGUGGGCAUGUUAACAGGAUUCAAACCAGGACUAUUUAGUCUUACGCUCAAUGAACGUUUCAGUACAAAUGGCGGUUUUAUGGGUGUCAUAGAAUGGAUUUUGGGAAAGAAAGAUGCCAAGUGGAUAGGGUUUAUCAUUAGAUCAGUUCUGGAAAAUAGCACAAGUUAUGAAGAAGCCAAGACUAUAUUGACCAAAACCAAGAUAUUGGCCCCAGCAUACUUUAUCCUGGGAGGCAACAAGUCUGGGGAGGGUUGUGUGAUUACACGAGGCAGAGAACAGUCUUUGGAUAUAUAUGAACUCGACCCCAAGCAGGGUAUAUGGUAUGUGGUACAAACAAAUUAUGACCGUUGGAAAAAUCCCUUCUUCCUUGAUAAUCGCAGAACACCUGCAAAGAUGUGUCUAAACCGGACAACCCAAGAGAAUAUCUCAUUUGCAACCAUGUACGAUGUCCUGUCAACAAAACCUGUCCUCAACAAGCUGACGGUAUACACAGCCUUGAUAGAUGUUACCAAAGGUCAAUUUGAAACAUACCUGCGGGACUGCCCGGACCCCUGUAUAGGUUGGUGAGCACACACCUGGCCUAUAGGAUGCGCCCUGUAUGACAUCAAGAUGGGAGCUCACACAGGGCUGAGAAGUACAGCCGUCUGAUCUCCUUCCAAAGACUGAGACUGAGGGCGGGUUCUCUCUGAGGUGUGAGCUUGUCCUGCUUGGUAUGUUUUUUUGCCGUAAUGGUUGAUUUUUCUUACAUACAGAUAACUCCUUUUAGUGAAGUACAACAGUCAUCCAGAAUGUACUGUGGUUCAUUUCAGUCUGAUUCAUUUGGGGAUGGGGAUGGGCAAUUGAAACUAUUGUGGGACCCACCCCCAUGGAAUAAAGCAAGACUCUCUGUGGGCACAGAAUCCUGUACAUCUGUAUAAUAGUUAAAUAGUCCACAUUAUUCAGCUUUUCACUUUUGCCUACGUAUUUGUAUGUUUUUGUCUUUUCUUCCUGGCUCUUACUAUUAAAAUUAAUAUACUGUUGU